CUCGUACUGAAAAUCGUUUCUUUUUUACGAAGAAAACCACCGCAAUGGCCUCACGUUCAGAGCAUCGUCACCGUCACGUAAGUUAUAUUUUUACGCACAGGUUUGCAAAGCUCAGUAGCCCUGCUAGAGCAACUUUGUCUUCAAAUAUUGACCCAGGUUCGAGUACGGGAAAGGAAACACUUGUCUUUGUAUCGUAUGCGAAACAACAAAAACUUCUAGUUGAGAGCACCAGGAGCACGUUUUACUGAUGUAAGAGAUGAUACUAUGACCGCAACCGAACGUGUUUCCCGCAUAAAAUGAAAAUAAACUCAACUAAAGUUUACGACCGCAAGAAUUCACUAGAAACUUCUCCAUUUGUUUCCGUCAUUGUCGCCAAUCUUGAUCAUUUCAACCAGUAAGCUUACCCCUGCUCAAGAAAUUUCUUAAUUAUGAAUACCCGACGUUAUAACAAUAAUUUGCCUCGGGUCAGUUCUAGAUUAUUCCCCGUAAUUCGUCUGAUGUCGAGUGAUUUUGAACGGAACGCUGAACACUUCUAAUAUCUUGGUUGUGGUGGCUUGUUCAUUUAAUCGUGCAUGUUUUAGUUUUGGAAGGACGUAAAAACCUACAUUUGUUUAUUUUAUUUAUUCAGAGCCAAUCGCAAAGAAAAUGCAAAAGAAAUUCCUUCACAGCAGUGAACAAAUCAAAAUUGAAAAAAGCAGAUUCAAGCAAACCGCUGCCGUUUAAAACUGACCUCCUAAAUCAAACAUUCCGAUUUUGACUGUUACGCAUCCGUCUCUAGGCCAGUUCUUUCAAUAACCAUUUAAUAUCAAAAAUUCUAGCUUAUAAAAGAAUAAGUAAAAAAUAAAACGGAGUCGGGAGGAAGGAACAGGUCAGAAAUGAACCAGCGUCGAAACAUCCUUUUAUUUUUUCUUCACCAAAAAGCCUAAGUGUUAUGGAGUGCUAUAUGACGAAAAGAAUGAAGAGCUGACUCACGAGUGUUUAAUAGCCAGACAACCGAAGAAACAUUUGACAAUUUUUUUCACAUUAAAUACCACAUUACUCCUGAAAUAGAAUUCCCGACGCGUAAUAAAAUCGAGAGCAUGACAGACUCGAGUAAGAGCACAACGGUAUCUAUUGAAAUUUUUAACAAGGUUGUUAUGUUGAAAAAACCGCUUUUCAGGAACUACAGCUAUAUAAUGGUGGCGCGACAAUCACAGCGCGUAAGAAGCAACAUGCUCGAGGCGCUGCUUAUUCAAAACUCAAGCCGGCGGCAGUGUAUUUUUGUUUUGCUCAGCGGUUAGCUGGAAUUUCUUUCUUCUGCGUCGCCUACUGAUAAACGGCCAUUGUGUCGAGUUUGGAUUGGAGUAAUACAAAGGAACAAGAAAGUGUGUAAUUUAAUAUCCGGUAUUCUUUCUUCGACAAGACUUGUGCUGAGAGCAUUCGGAAGUAGACGCGCAAAGAAGGUGAAAGAAUCUCGCCUUCAACUUGACGAGGCAACAGCUGUCAAGAAACGUAUUCAUAAUUCAUAUCGGUUAAAUUAAAACAAGACAAGAGAGAGAUGAAUUAAAAGUAAGACAUCCUAACGCAAACUCGGCAAUUGAUUUCAAACCCGACAAGGGUUUUUUUUUUUGACGAAAAACUAGCGCGCGUCGACCAAAAGUCGGUUAAUUCAACGAAGGCGCUAGACAGUCUUCAGGAUUUUCAAAAUAAUUCGAUUAAAACAACCAAGCCUUAUCGUGUUGUGACGACAUAAAUAUUGCAAAAGUUCGAGAGACGCUUCACUCUGUUAAGUCGAAGAAAACAUUUCAGUGGAUGCAUUGAGAAUUUUGAGGCUCAGAUUUUUUUUCCCGUUAUCCCAAUGGUUUCAAGCUAUCAGUGCCCAAAUAAGACAUUCCUAUAAGUUCAGGUAUUGCGAAAGUGGACGCUAGUGUGUAGUUACCGCCGCAUCACCUGCCUUCCAAGUGUAAUGAGGGCGAAUUAAGAAUCAAGCGACUUGUUGAUGUUUUUUUAAGUUUGUGUGAGUAGCAUACUCUUUAACGACCUACCCUACUCGAGCCUAAACUAACAAAGCUUGUAGAGAUCUGGGAUAAGUAUCCAACAAAAGCCCUUAAAUCGUUACACCGUAAUUACUCGGAGAGUCUGCCCUGAAGAAAAAAAAAAGAAAUCCCAUCAUCAGGUUGGCAAUGAAUCGAUGAAACCCGCGGGUAUUAUGCUUGUAGUAAUUGUUAUUUUACGUCCACGAAUUCGCAACGGUAUUGCACAAAAGCCGACUUAGGAUUACAAAAAAAUUUCCACAGAACGAGACAUGCAAACGAUUCACGUAGGAUUAUUAAAAACCUCUGUGUUCAAACCGAAACAAUUACCGAUGUAAAUACACGUGACGGUAAGUUUAUUCCUCUUUAACGCGAAGUACUUAAACAAAAGCAAUUUAUUUCGGAGGGGGUGACAGUGUGCCAAAAAAAAAAAACAAAAAAAACGAGAGGAAACGUGAGUGAAUUUUCCUUGACAUUCCGCCCACCUCGAGGAGUGCGGGAUGUCAUUUUACGGGAACAUACAAGCAGAAUUCACACGAUUAUAAAGCUUGUUAGGUCGCCUAAACGAACCAAAACAAAGCGUUUUGGUGGCUGCCGCUACGAACAUUUGGUUGUUGGCAGAGAUUUGGGCAGCAGUAGCAGGUGUAAUGGGUGAGAUUGCAGUGAGUGCGUUUUUUGUCAUUUCACACCCAAACCAGUACCAGUCGAAAUCACGUGACCCGCCAGUGUCGGUCUCAUUUGAUAGGCCACUUGAUUAUAGACUCGGCUUGUAAUUAGCAUACGGUGUCAAGGCAAGAAGGAAGCCCAAAAACCUGUAUGAUUGAAUCGCUUCAAGGCGGUUAAUUCCAUGGCUGGAAACGAACUUUCGCGUUCGCCAGCGCGCGACGCCAGUCAUCUAUAGCCCGAGAUCGCGGCUGAAUGUGGCUUGAAAACAGCUCAAAUCACGAAAAAUGGCGGACAAUCGAAGGCCGUCCUCGGUGCCUUCAGAGGACUUUUAUAAAACGCGUAUGGCCAACUCAAGUAAUAUUUCGCGCAAGUCUUCGAUGCAAGCUGGUACCGAAACAUCACAGAUCGUCUGUGCGGACCGAUCGCUCUUCAUUUUCUCGAAGGAAAAUUUUAUUAGAAAAAUAUGCCGUACGAUCGUCGAGAGUAAACCUUUUGAAUAUUUCAUUUUAUUGACCAUCUUUGUCAAUUGCAUCCUACUCGCCGCAAAUACUCCGCUGCCGAACAACGACAAGUCCGAUCUGAACCAAAAACUAGAAGAUGCCGAAGUAUAUUUAUUAGCAAUAUUCUGCCUAGAAGCCGUAUUAAAAAUUAUAGCUCUUGGAUUUGUACUACACGCCGACUCGUACCUUCGGAACGGAUGGAACGUUUUGGAUUUCGUGGUGGUUGUAACAGGCCUUCUGAGCUUGCCACAACUCAACGUCUUCAAUGCUGGAAGUUUGAAAGCUCUAAGAGCUGCAAGAGUGCUCAGGCCAUUAAAGUUAGUGUCAGGCAUUCCAAGUCUUCAAGUAGUUAUGAAGUCCAUCAUGUGCGCCAUGGUGCCUCUUCUGCAAAUUUGUUUGCUCGUAGGAUUUGUAAUCAUAAUUUACGCAAUCAUAGGAUUAGAAUUUCUUGUUGGAAGAUUUCACUAUGUGUGCAACCAAAAUGUGACAGGUCGCAUGGAAAUCACAGAUCCAGAUGGUCCUCAAAUAUGUGUUGCCAAAGGCACAGGAACCCGUUGUCCAGAAGGCCAGUUUUGCCUGAAGAACUGGGAAGGGCCAAACGAUGGAAUCACGUCAUUUGACAAUAUAUUUGCUGGAAUGCUGACAGUAUUUCAAGUUAUUACUAAUGAGGGCUGGACAGACAUCAUGUAUUGGACGUUUGAUGCCUACGAUGCCCAUGGUUAUGUAUUUUGGAUAUAUUAUUAUUCGCUUGUUGUAAUAGGAUCAUUCUUUAUGCUCAACUUGGUUCUUGGUGUUCUUAGUGGUGAAUUUGCAAAAGAGAGAGAAAGAGUGGAGAACCGAAGAGCAUUCCUGAAAGUAAGAAGAACACAAAAAAUGGAGCGACACUUACAUGGUUAUAUAGAUUGGAUAAGUAAAGCUGAGGAUCUAAUGUUGGAAGAAGAAGAAGAGGAAGACGGAAAUGUGGACGUGUCAAGAAGAAGAAAUCUUGAUCGGGUAGAAGAUGGAGAUGUUGCCAUGACAUCUGUUGUACUUACAGGACAAUCUGGAAGAAGGCAUAGACUGAACACAGGAAAAAAGAAGAGUUUCUGCCAAAGAUUUCUUAGGAGAAACAAAAGAUGGAAAAUCCGUGUAAGACAAGCUGUCAAGCAUCAAGCAUUUUACUGGACAGUACUUAUAUGUGUUUUUCUUAACACGGUGAUCACUGCACUGCAGUAUUAUAACCAACCUGCAUGGCUGACACAAUUUCAAGAUGUCGCGGAGAUUGUGUUCAUCUCUUUCUUCUUUUGUGAGAUGAUGCUGAAGCUCUAUGGCCUUGGUCCUCAGCUUUACUUCAAGUCCCAGUUUAAUACAUUUGAUUGUUUGGUUGUAAGCUGUGGCAUAAUUGAACUUAUCAUUUCAAAAGCAGAAGGCACAAGUUUGGGUAUAUCAGUACUUCGAGCCUUGAGAUUGUUGAGGCUCUUUAAAUUUACUAGGUAUUGGUCCUCUCUGCGUAACUUGGUGACGUCAUUAUUGAGUAGUGUUCGCUCCAUCCUGAGCUUAUUGUUUCUACUCUUCCUUUUCAUCGUGAUUUUUGCUUUGCUUGGAAUGCAACUUUUUGGAGCAGAGUUUAGAGAUCUCCCUGGUAGAAAUGGAAAUCCUAGAACAAACUUUGACAAUUUUUGGAAUGCUGCACUUGCUGUUUUUCAGAUCUUGACAGGAGAAGACUGGAAUGCUGUGAUGUAUGAGGGAGUCUUAUCUCAAGGUUAUCCAGAGAAAAGUUGGACUUUAGUCUGGUGUUUGUACUUUGUGCUGCUUGUUGUACUAGGAAAUUACACUCUUCUUAAUGUAUUCUUGGCCAUCGCUGUUGACAACUUGGCCAAUGCUCAACAACUGAGUCAAGAUGAGGAAGCUGAAGAAAAUGCGAGGGAAGAAAGAAGAAGAGAAAUCGCUGAUCAGUACCGAGAUUAUGGCUCUCCCAGAUCCAGCCCAGGGCGUAAUGGGGAUGCCAGGAGGGGCAUGGGUGACGAGGCAGGCCCCACUGAAGAUGAAUUUGAGGAAGAGGCUGAUGAUGGCAAACCAUCAUUUCUCAGCAACCUUAGGAACCCUGGCCGAAUGGUUCCUCAUCAAAAGCCUGGGGAAGCUGUACCAAUGAUAGACACGUGGUCCUUAUUUCUCUUCCCACCUGGAAACCCGGUUCGGAAAGCGUGUCACUGGCUGGUGAAUUUACGGCAUUUUGAUAACUUUAUCUUGGUUAUAAUCCUAAUCAGUAGCGUCUUGUUGGCUCUUGAAGAUCCAGUCGAUGAAGAGUCCAAACGUAACGAGGUGCUGACAUAUUUUGACUAUGUAUUCACCACAGUGUUCGCCAUGGAGGUCCUUGUUAAGCUGAUUGAUUACGGCGCCAUUCUUCACCCGGGCUCGUACUUCAGAGAUGCGUGGAAUUGUAUUGACGCCUUGGUCGUGAGCUGCGCCAUUGCUUCACUUGUCAUGGGGAAUCAGGAUCAAUCUACCAUCGACCCGGGAUCCAAGAAAACCGUGAAAGUUUUGCGAGUUCUCAGGGUUCUUCGUCCACUCAAGGCCAUCAACAAGGCCAAGAAAUUGAAGGCUGUGUUCCAGUGUAUGGUUUACUCACUGAAGAAUGUUCUCAACAUUUUGAUCAUCACCAUUCUGUUUUUGUUCAUCUUCUCUGUUAUUGGAGUUCAGCUCUUCCAGGGGAAAUUUUUCAAAUGUGAUGACCCUUCGAAGAUGACAAAGGAGGAGUGCCAGGGGCAAUACUUUUCAUAUCCUGACUUGUCUGACCUGUCCAAUGUCGAGAUCAAGGAACGCUCCUGGGAAGGACAAGAAUAUAAUUUUGACAAUGUGUUCUAUGCAAUGUUAUCGUUGUUUACAUCAUCAACUGGAGAAGGCUGGCCAGCCCUAAUGCAAGCCUCCAUUGACACAACCGCCGUCGACCGUGGACCAAUCGUCGACAACAAAAUCGAGAUCGCGCUCUUCUACAUUUUCUUCGUUGUAGUUUUCUCGUUUUUCUUCAUCAACAUUUUCGUAGCACUCAUUAUCCUUACCUUUCAAGAACAGGGAGAGAAGGACCAGGGUGACUGCGAACUGGACAGAAAUCAGCGGGAUUGUCUUCAUUUUGCCAUCGUGGCUAAACCUUCUGAAAGAUUCAUGCCUCAAGAUCCCAACACGUGGCAGUACCGUAUUUGGAGAAUCGUGGAUUCCAGUCCCUUUGAGUUUUUCAUCAUGAUACUCAUUGCUCUCAACACCCUCAUUCUUACCAUGAAGUUUGAUGACGAGCCUCCCCUGUAUCGAGAGAUUCUUGACCUGUUCAACACGAUAUUUACCUUCAUGUUCACGGGAGAGGCUAUCUUGAAACUAUUUGCCUUCCGAACGAAUUAUUUCCGAGACAGCUGGAACGUGUUCGACUUCAUAAUCGUCCUUGGAAGUUUGUUGGACUUUGCUCUUAGCAGGAUCCAGUCUGAUGAGUCUGACUCGAUGCCCUUCGACCCUAGUCUCUUCCGUCUCUUCCGAGCGGCUAGGCUGAUCAAGCUGUUAAGGCAGGGUUACACAAUCAGAAUCUUGUUGUGGACGUUUCUGCAGUCAUUUAAGGCGUUACCUUACGUUGGUAUGCUCAUUGGACUUUUGUUCUUUAUCUAUGCAGUCAUCGGGAUGCAGAUGUUCGGUCAAAUCACUAUUGAUAACGCAGAACGCGGCGAGCCUUGGGAUCAGAUUGCAAGUCGAAAUAACUUCCAGUCAUUUCCUGAAGCCAUUCAAGUUCUUUUCAGGUCCGCAACAGGUGAAAACUGGCAGCUCAUAAUGUUGGCGUGUACAGCUGAUGCAGAUUGUCAAGAUAAAGAGGGCAAAUGUGGCAGUGCAUUUGCGUAUUUAUACUUCAUCUCCUUCAUUUUCUUUUGUUCUUUUCUGCUUCUGAAUCUUUUCGUGGCUGUCAUCAUGGACAACUUUGAAUACCUAACACGUGAUGAGUCCAUUCUUGGCCCACACCACCUGGACGAGUUUGUGCGGGUGUGGUCUGAGUUCGACCCUGGAGCCACGGGCCGCAUCAAGCACACUGAAGUAUGUCAAUUGUUACGACAAAUGUCUCCACCAAUUGGAAUAGGCAAGAAAUGUCCAAAGAUCGUUGCUUACAAGCGCCUGAUCAAGAUGAACAUGCCGCUGUUCCCAGACAACACGGUCACCUUUACUGCUACUCUGUUUGCACUGGUGCGGACCUCGCUUAAGAUUAUGACCGAGAAAAAUAAUCUGAAGGAGAACGAUAAAGAACUGAGAGCUAUGCUAAAGAGAGUCUGGCCUAAACUCACCAAGAAGACCUUGGACAGAGUAGUACCCAAGCCCCCCAGUCUGAUCAACAAUGGUAAAUCGAAUCAAGUGAACCAGCAGCCGCAAAUGACAGUGGGUAAGAUAUACUGCGCCAAACUAAUCUACGAAAACUACAAGUUCAUGAGACGGAAAGGACAAGCUCAGUCCAGAGAUUCAGAUCAGGGAACUGUUCUGAGUCGAUUUGUCGGAGGACCUGCGUUCCAGAAAUUCCGACGAGAUAACGACCCUGAACUGGGCGAGGGUGUUCCGAUGCAAGACGUUGCUAUUAGUUUAGCUGAUGGUCCUUAUCACUCUGGCUCAGCUCAAGCUCUGUAUCACCCUAACCACCAGCAAAUGGAUAGUCCGUCCCGAUCCCGCUACCGUCAAAACACACCUGUUGCUCACCGCUCUACCACCUCCCUUAACGAAGGACGAGGUCCUGGGGUGACCACGGCUCUAGUCGGUCCUCAUCGGCGACAGCUACCUCAGACUCCUGGUUCACGCACUGGCUCUCAACUCUCUUUGACCGGGAAAGCACCGGCUCUGCCUGAGAACCGUGGUGACAGUGUUCUGGAGAACGGCUAUCAUCCGAAUAUGAACCAGCAUAUUGCUAUGGCGAUACGAAGUGGACAGAGCCCUUAUGCAAUUUACGGUCUAGAGGAAAUGGGCGAUGAAGAUGACUGGUGCUAGCAUUUAUAUUCACGUGCCAACCACGUGCUAAAAAAAAAUACAUUCACACUCAAUAAAUUUUUGUGACCACUCGCAUGCGGGCGAUUCGUGCUGGUCACGUGGCGAGGACAGUCAUAGAUGGUCUUUUCGGCACUUGACGAGAUUCCUUUUGAGGUUUACGAAUUUUAACUUGCCGUAUGACUUCAACGAAAGGGAAUACAAAGAAACAAUGUUGGAAGGGCUCCUUCAUUAAUUUGCAACGUAUAUUCCUUCAGCCUUCCUUCAAAGACGAGAAGUAGUGGUGUCCUCUUUGGCAACACACCAUUUAAUUGCCAAGUUUUGUAAACCUCUUCGUGCCGCGUUCUCCAUGAAACAGACUUCAAGCAAGAAUUGGAGGGAAUAAACGCACUUUACUAAAGCUAAGUUGAAUUAUUGGGAGGAGAAUAAUGAACUCCAGAUGGAAAUUCCUGUGUAGCUGCUUUGCCGCCUGCGCAAGAGCCACGCCGCAGAUUUGUUUGUUUUUGAUAACAAAUUUUGCAAGCUUUUCUUUACUUGUUUAUUUAUUUACUUAUUUAUUUCAUAAUUAUGGACGUUUCAGAUUAACUAAACGCAACGAAUAUAGUAUAUCUUGUGUAGAAAAAGCGAUGAAUUAUUAGAUAUUAUACAGGAAAUGAAGCUCGCUUGAGAUACUGUAGCAGUUUUUUUUUUUGGUUUUCUUUUUUAAAAGGGUUGUGAUGCAGAGGUUGACCUUAAAAAGUUUUUAAUCUUAGACAGAGCUUGACGCUUGUUCAAACAUAUACCCAUCUACUGCUAAUAGAUUUGAACAUUUGAGAUAUUUUUCCUUUACGUUGUAACUGCUCAUGAGGUUAUACUUGGUUUAAAAUACUUGUAAUGUUAAACCUUGGAGUGGUUUUUGAUGACUGUUUUAAAGACCCAAAUCCAAAGCAAUCACACGUGGCCAAUCACAGCAAACAAUGAUAACGCAACGAGCCAAUCACAACUCGAAGAAUGAACGUGCCGCGGCUAUCAAGCGCGGGAAAACGCACCGGUUCACAUCACAAUUGGGUUUUGGUUUCUCUUCGGAUUGGUUGAGAAAAAAGCAUCCUUGCUAUGAUUGGUUGAUUCAGAAAAAGUGAAACCCAACAAAAACGAACUUAAUUUUUACAGUCAAUCUAAAACUGCUCUAAUGUUUAUUGCAAAUGUGUUCGUUAUGUUUUGGAACAGUGGCAAGAUGUAAUGCUACUUGCUACUUGAUGUAAGGACUCGUGAAUGUUCUCCGCAGUCAGACUGGAUAUGUUCCUAGCAAAGCAUUGAACGACUCGUGUACCUAUUACACUUGACGACAUCAGACAAGGGGAAUAUUGGUCCUUGUUUGCUACUUAACAAAAUUGAUUUUGUUUUAAUAUUGCCUUUCUGAUAUAGUAGUUUAUAAAAUUGUAAAUCAUCACUUUUAGCAGAUUUUAAUGCAAGCUAGUAUGGAACAGUGUAGCAGGCGUUUUGAAGUUUAGAGUUCCUUUUAUAAACCGUUAUUCCACUUUUAGACCAAAUUCACACAAAGAGCCGUGACAAAUAUUAAUUUUUUAACUACUGUUGUUAUUAUUAUUAUCAUUAUUAUUAUCUUUGAUAGGAGAAAUUACUCAAUAAUAUAUUAAAAGCGUCGAUAGAAGAAUGUUAUCCUGUACACAGUACAAUUUAUUUAUAAUAAUGAUGUUAUUGUAAAAUGACUUAUUUAUGGCUACAUUGCUUUUGAAGCACACACACACUUCAUAGUUUCAAAUAAUGUUCUUAUUGUAAAUAAAGCAAAUAUGUGAUGAUUCUUUCAGACACGAGUAAAAUUCAGAUUUGUUUUGGAGAAAGAAUAAAUUGCUACCUUGUGACCGCUGCA